AUGGAUCUUGAUGAUCCGGAAGUCUCAAUUCGUACAGAGCCUUCAACUCCAUUAAGAAGCUCGCUGGAAGUAGAGAUCUCUGCGCAGUAUUCAGCGCCUAUACCAGCCAGGUUACCCAAGACCGAUUUAACGCGGGUGUUCAAUAGAUUUAACAAGGUUAGUAACAGUAGUAAUAAUGACAAUAACAAUAACGUGAAUAAUAAUGAUGAUGAUAAUAAUGACCAAUCGACUCCAGGUAGAAGGAUCAAUCAAUCGAAGUAUCGAAAUUCUGAUAAGCGAACAUCUCGAACGCCAAAGACGGUUCAUGCCAAAACCGCUCUUGACCAGUCGCCCUAUUUCUCUCCAAGAGACAGCGUGAGAAGGGAGAGGAGGGCAGGAGAAGGGAUCAGAGUUCUGUUGACUCCAGUGCGAUACUACCUAAGAAGAAAGCGUAGGCGGUCAUCUAUUGUGAACGGUAAAAUAGAAUACACAUCAAAUUAUGCUGGUCCUGUUACCAUUGACUUUUUGAGGUUCUUCUGUCAAAAGCUGAUCGAGGAGAGGGGUCAGGAUAGUAGUAAGAAAUUGAAAACAGGGAACUCUCCAUCGAAUUCUUCUCCAUUGGUUGAAAACAAGUCGCCAUCUGAGUUUGACUAUUCUUUGCCAUUACCGAAAGCUAACUUUCAAUCUCCCCCACAACAUCCAUUUACUGAAAUACAAGUUGAUGAACUUAACCCUUUUCUUCAGGACGACGUCGGAAAGCAUGAAAUUCUUUCGCCAAUUCCAAUAUACGAAGUUGACGUAGAUAAAAAAUCUUCCGGAAGACCUGUGUCCUACUUGGAGAGGAUAUUGGCUGCACAAGCCAGAAAGACCAGAAGAGAAUUAGGGGAUGAUGACAGUGAUAUCCUAGAGGAGAGUGACACAUAUGGAGAAGAAAAAGAACAGUCUACAGGAGAUUCGAUAAAUCCCCCAAAGACUCCAGCAAAUCCAUCUGUUUCCGAUUUGGUAAUAGAGGAACUUACGAUUGGCACUUCUAGGCUAGGCAAUAUUGGUGAGGAUGUUUUUGUUGAUAAAGUAAUGCAGCGAGAUGAAGAACCAAGUGAAGUUACAGAAACUGGAGGUAUAGAAAUAGAAAACAAAGAUGAUACUCAAGAAAGUAAAGGAGAACAUGAUAACCUGCUUGAAAACGUACAAGAUCAAUUUUUUCCAAAUAAUUGGCAAUACGAGGAUGAUCUUGAUAUCCCGCUCAUUGACGAUGUAGCUAAAGAAGGUGAGAGAGGUGAGUAUUCCCUGGGUGAUGAGCUGGAUGAAGUUGAAGAGGGAGGUAUACUAAAAGACCAAUUUAUUCUAGAGGAAGGAGAACCUUCGAAUUUAAUAGAAGAAGAAGUACAAGAACAUUUCCAAGUUGCAACAAAGGUCGAUCCUCCAACUAGGAUGACCGCGUCAUUUGCAUUGAAGUCUAAGAAGUCUGCUUCUUCCCUUCCGAUCAAUUUGGUGAAAACUUUAAUGAAAACUGUGGUAAAGAAUUCUUCAGUAAACUCUCGUCUUCCAGUUAAACCUAUUGCGCCAGAAGCUUGUGACUUUCUUCAAGAGAUCUCUGAUAUCUUUAUGGAAGGUAUGGUGUCUGACUUAGAGGCAUAUUCUCUGCAUAGGACAAAUGGCAAGUCUCACCAGAUAAACAUCAAGGAUGUGUUGUUACUCUUGGAGCGCACUGGCCAAAUACCGGGAAGACGAAGACAGCAAGACCAGAUUAACGUAAUUUCAAGGAUGGCUCAUGAUGCUCUCCCACUUGAGUUGCUAGUGGGCUUGGAGAAAAGCUUAACGCAAAAUAGACCAAUUUUGUCCGACAAUAAUGACUUUGAAGAUGACAAUUCAUUUACAUUCAAAAAAUUUAAUGAAUUCAGUGAUUCGGAUUAG